CGGCGCUGCUGCUGCUGCUGCGCGAGCGCUGUCGGUAACGGAGGCGACGGACAGAGGAUGAGAGCGCGUGCACUGCAGUAAUGAUGCGUUUUAUCCUGGACUGCCUGAGGACGUCGCGAGCGAGGAGCCCGAAGGACACCGACGUCGUGGAGACGGACGAGCGGGUCCUCGCCAAGGAAGCCGAGAUCAGAGAGCUGGAAAACGCGGUGACGGUGGAGAACGUGGAGCUCCAGGAGCAGCAGACGGACCGCAACGAGCUGGAGGAGACGCUGCUCAAGCUGGAGACGCACAAGGAGGCGCUGGUGCAGCAGAUCAAAGGGACGAGACAGCUGUGCUAUGAGGAGAGCCAACAGAUCCUGUCUCUGCAGGCGGAGGAGGUGCAGAAGGAGAGCCAGGUGGAGGAGUAUGAGAGGGAGCUCGCCAGAGUCCGGUGGAGGCUGAAGAGGCUCCGAGACGAGGUGAAGCACGCCAAGAGCAAGGUGGAGGAGGCCGGGGAGAGGGACACGCCCCUGCAGGACUCCAUCAGACAGUCGUACGACGAGAUCCUGCAGGAGGAGCACACCCUGUGCUCUCUUUCAGGCAGCGCGGUCACCCCGGAGAGCCUGCUGGAGGAGUCCACGUCUCCUGCAGACACCACCGAAGAUGACCCGCUUCCCAUGAGGCCGUGGGGGAGGAGCCAGUCGCUGCCCGCCUACGCUGACCUCAUCAUGCGGGCCAGCGGCUCGUCUUUCUGCAACAACCUGGCGGAUACCCGAGAGGAAGUGGACGACAGCGGGACCAUCUCGCCAAAGAUGGAUAGAUCUGACAUAGAAGACAACGUGGAGGUGGUGGAGAUCAACGACGAGGGGGGGAAAGAGCUCGCUGUGAACCCGACCCGCCUCAGCCAGCUGGACUUCUACCAAGCCGACCCCUUCGCCCACUGUCAGAGUGACCAUGACCUCUUCAAUGAAGACCUGUUCCCCAAAACUGACUCAUCCGGUGGAUUUGGUUCAGACCCUUUCAAGGGCAGCGACCCCUUUGCAACAGAUAUGUUGUACCCGGAGGCGACCGUGGAGGGGGCGGGGCAUGUCGGCGGUGACGAGGGGGACACGAGUCUGUCCUGUGCUGAAAACAAAGCCUCAACCGGAACUCAGUGCUGCGAGUCUGAGUUCCCCGACGAAGACAGUGACAUUGAGAUCAGCUACAGCCGAGAGGACCUGGACGCCAUCGCUGUGGUUGGUGAUCCUUGUGGAUUUCAGCCCAUUCAGAGCUCGUCAAACGAGCUGGUGCCAGAGCCCGUCCACGGCUGGAGGUCCCAGGGUCAGUAUUCUAUAGAAUCAGACCCUAAUGGCUAUGAGCUGGACCUCGGUGCUGUCUCUCCUCCCUCGGAUAUAGAAGAACAGAGUUUGGGAUCUCUGGCUGGCGAGGCUAUCGAAGAUGCUACCAGGGAUGCUACUGGCGAUGCUACCGGCGAUGCUACCUGCGAGGCUAUCGAAGAUGCUACCAGGGAUGCUACUGGCGAUGCUACCGGCGAUGCUACCUGCGAGGCUAUCGAAGAUGCUACCAGGGAUGCUACUGGCGAUGCUACCGGCGAUGCUACCUGCGAGGCUAUCGAAGAUGCUACCAGGGAUGCUACCGGCGAUGCUACCUGCGAGGCUACCUGCGAGGCGACAGCAGGACUGGAACAAGGUCUGAGUUCUGGUUCAACUCAGGCCGUCCCUGAGCUCGCUGAGGAAGUCCAGUUGGACCCAGAUUGGACAGGUGAACUAGAGCAAACUCCGUCCUGCUAUGACGCCUCCAGUCAGAAGGCAGAGUGGGUUGGCGACAUUGAAGAGGAGCCACAAAACCCUAAAACUCCCCAAAACUCAGUAGACUUCCAAAACGUCUUCAUCCAGUCCGACUCGGAUCACAACAGAGAGCUUAGCUUUGAGACGAGCUAUGAAGCAACCAGUCAGUCUUCCUUUGACCCAUACGGCUUUAAACUCAGUCCAGAACAUUCUAGUCACACCCUCUUAGACCCCGAACUGAGCCCGGAACCUUCUGAAAACGAUCUGGCCUUUGACCCUGAGCCCUCCUCUUCUCAACCAGACCAACUGAACAUGGAUCAAUAUGAGUUUGACGUCACUUCCACCCAAAUGGCACGGGACUCCGACCCUUAUGGCUUCAAGCUCAGCCCCGAGGAAGAGAACCAAGAGGUGCUGGACCUCUGUGGCCAUGAUAACCAGGAAGCAAUGGACCUUUGCACCUUUGACAACAAUGAGCAAGUAGAACCCCCUAACUAUAGCAACCAGGAAGUACUGGAACCUCAUACCCAGGAGAACCAAGAAGUGCUUGAACAUUGUAGCCGCAGCGACCAGGACCUGCUGGUCUUGUGUAACAAUGGAAACCAAGAAGUGCUGGAACCUUCCCGGCUCGACAACACAGGUUUAGUUGGCAAUGAAAACCAGGAUUUCCUGGAUUUCUGUGGUCACGACAACCAGGAGGUGGUGGAACCCUAUCGCAAUAUCACCAAUGAGGAACUACUUGAACCUUUUAACUAUGAUAACCAAGAAAUGCUGGAACCUUGUAGCCUUGGCCAUCGGGAACUGGACUUCUCCUGUCCUGAAAACAAUGAAGUGCUCGAUUUAGAUAGCAGUGGUGCCCAAGACUUGCUGGAUUUUGUCGGCAAAGAAAAUCAGGAAGUGCUAGUGUCAUUUGACCAGGGCAACCAGAAGCUUCUGGAUCUCUGCAGCAACGAAAAUCAGGAUUUGCUAGACUUGGGUAGCCAUGAUAACCAGGAGGUGCUGGACUUGUUGAGUCAGGAUGUUUUCCCAGAAGCAAACAAUAACCAAUGCUUUGUGAAACCAGAGGUCAGGUCCACCCAUAACAGUUCAGACAGUGAUGGGACAACGGAAGACUUGCUUGGACUCGAACUCAGUAACACCAGCACCAACAAACCCAACACGAAUACUGCCGACGCCCUCAACAAGGCCGUGAGCAACCUGCCUGCCAACCGGGACCUCGCACCGUCUAAUUCUCCUGCCAGUCACAACUUGUUGGAGGGUGAUCUGGGUUCAGUGUUUGGGGCUGGAGGAUACAUUGGUUGUCCUGAUGUCGCUGACGACCUCGAGCCCCUGGAGAGAAGGCAGGCGAACCCCGUAGCAGAGCCAGUGCGACCGGUCAGACCAAUCCGGCCUCCUCGGCCUUCGCUCAGGGGCAAGGACAAGGCUCAGUCCCAGACUCAGGGCAUUGACCUGAAGUGAUGUCUCACCGCCAGCCAACACUCAUGUGGGAGGGGUUACCAUGUCAGCAGGGUUCCCAUGACCACGCCCACAACACCAGAGAUGGAUGAGGAGAGAAGUAAGAGGACGAGCCACUAGACGGAUACAAAGGGGGGAGGAACGAGACGGGAGGGAGAGGUCGUUCUGCUGUUAUUUAUUGCAAUAACUUUACUAGUUCAGGAGGGUUUUUAUGUUUCAAAGGUAUACAUUACAAUCAGAAUGGACAUUUAAGAAAUUAUGUAAAAGCUCUUAUCAACCAUGAGACGAACUGGCUCCGUAAGAUUGAACGAUCAUCGUCUAUGAAACCUGAUUUGCUCGUGGCCAAUAACUAUGAAAAUGAACAGCAUUCUUAUUCCCUCGUGGUUUUACCCCCAAAUGAUGCUUGUCAAUCAAUCAUAAGGUUGAUAUGAUGCCAUUUAUUUACAAAAUCAGCUGCCGACUCACGUUCCCUGUUCCCCUAAUUCUCUGAGUCCAGCUUCCCUUCCUUUCUGACUCUCCUGUUAAUUAAUCCACACUAAAAAAAAUAUAUAUAUAUAUAUAUAUAUAUAGAUAUAUAUAUAAUAGACUCCUCCUAUUUUGAUUUGAGCUUUGUGUUGGAGAAUGUGUAAUUGGUGUGACUUUGUCACAAAGAUAACAUGUAUAUAAAUGAUAUACUCAGCUAUUGUGGUUUCAGAUUAUCUAGUUGGUAGUUUUAGGUCUGAGUUGGCUGAGAGCUGCAGAGAGAGAGUGGUCGGGUUGUACAGUGAGUGCAUAUCUAUACCGUCGCCAUGACAACAUGCCCUGUGUUAUCCGCCAUCGGUUGCGUUGCUCCUCAGAGAGCACGGGGAGUGCCGCCCGUUUCCCCUCUCAGCAUGUUGCCAGGAGUGUAACCACAGGUCACCUGCUCGUCACUGCCCAAAGGUGAAAGCCACUGGAGGUCAACUUACUCUGUCAAGUAUUCCAGCCUCUGAACUUCCUACUUUAACAUUUUCACCAGUAGCACGACACCGGCCUCCGCCCUGCAUUUCACUCCAUCAGCGUCUCCGGUUCCAUGCGAUGUACUGAUUCUACAAAGGAACAACUAUGCACUGACGUUGACUGUGCACUGUUUCACGAGUUAGCAUCACAAACAUGAGCUGCCUCUCAAUGUGGAGACUUCACUUCCUGGUGGUUCACUGUGCACUCACUGGCAUGGGGAGGGAACUCUG